AUGGGGGACAGGGUGAAGUGCUACGACCCUGCCACGCUGCAGUAUCUGGGGUUCUCUCCCGCACUAAAGGCAUCUGACGUGAGUCGGGGACAGGACAGGGGUUACCAGCAAUUCCAGCAGCAGCAGCAGCAGCAGCAGCAGCAGCGGCAGCAGCAGCAGCAGCGGCAGCAGCAGCAGCAGCGGCAGCAGCAGCAGCAGCAGCAGCAGCAGCAGCAGCAGCAGCAGCAGCAGCAGCAGCAGCAGCAGCAGCAGCAGCAGCAUUGUAGGCUCAUAACAGCCUCCCGAGAGUCAGGCAAGGUGCUGGUGGAUGCUGUCUCUCUACUGCUGAAUCAGUUCUCUCUCAUUGCCUCCCUCUCAUCUCCCACUGCUUGGUCUCUCCUCCCUGCCCAUCUUAUUGUUCUCUCCCGGGUAUCAGCCCGAGAGUCAGGCAAGGUGCUGGUGGAUGCUGUCUCUCUACUGCUGAAUCGAGUAUCAGCGCGUGAGUCAGGCAAGGUGCUGGUGGAUGCUGGUGGUGCUACUGCUGUGUCUGUUCUCCCUGCCAUUCUCUCAUGUCCCACUGCUUGGUCUCUCACCAUGCCCACACCCCCAGAAGUAUCGGCGCGUGAGUCAGGCAAGGUGCUGGUGGAUGCGGGGUUUGGGGAGAUCCUGACGACAUGUGAGAAGAUAGCGUGGCUGCUGAGUGAAGGGGAGAGGUGGCUCAAGCCCGAAUACAGGUCUGUGGGUCGAACCAUGCUGCACAAGGUGGCUCGGGUGGAGUUUGAGCCAGCAGGGGUGAUCGGAGCCAUAGUGCCGUGGAACUACCCCUUUCACAACGUACUCAACCCCGUUCUGUCUGCUGUGUUUGCUGGCAAUGCUGCCGUCAUCAAGGUAUCAGAGCAUGCGAGCUGGGGCGCGCACUACUAUCUGGAUAUCAUCCGCACGGCUCUCAAGGCUGUUGGGGGCCCGCCUGAGUUGGUUCAUGUGAUCACUGGGUUUGGCCCCACGGGGUCAGCUCUGGUGCAGUCUGGUGUGGAUCGGUUGAUCUUUGUUGGGUCAACUGCUGUGGGCAGGAAGGUUCUCGAGGCCUCUGCACUGAACCUCACCCCCACAGUGCUGGAGCUGGGAGGCAAGGACGCGUUUAUAGUGUGUGAUGAUGCAGACCUGAAGCAGGUUGUCCCCAUAGCCCUGAGGGCUGUGUUUCAGUGCAGCGGGCAGAACUGCAUCGGGGCAGAGCGGUUCUUUGUGCAGGCCGGCAUCUACGACCAGUUUGUGGGGGAGGUGGUAUCUGUGGCGCAGCAGAUGCGACUGGUAGGUGGUGGUGCCUUGACAGUAACCGUUUGUUGUGGGGGGAAGGUGGUAUCUGUGGCGCAGCAGAUAAGACUAGAUGAAUUGGAGCAAAAACAACAAGGUGAGAUGAACGGAAGGGAAAAGGCAGCUGUUCCUGCUUCUCAGCAUGAAGGGAUAGGAGGUGGAGAAGUGGGAAAAGUGACAAGAGGUGGGAAGGAAGGGGGAACAGCUAAUGAAAAGGGAGAGGGAGAAGGAAGCAGCGGUGGUGGUGGAGGAGGAGGGAGGGCGCAAGGAGGGGGGAAAUCGGGGGGGAUAAGGGGAGAGGGCAAAUCCACGUCAGCAGGGAGGGUUGCUGACAUGGGCGCGAUCUGCAUGCCACAUCACGUGCAGCGGCUUCAGCGAUUGGUGGAUGAGGCGGUGGGGCAGGGGGCACGGGUGGUGGUGGGGGGGAAGAUACCGCUGGGAAGCUGUGAGGACUUCAGCUGUAGCCCUAGAGGCAGUGAGGCUGGAGGCGAGAAUUUGGGAGAAGCAGCAACAGUAGCAGCAGCAGUAGCAGCAGCAGGAACAGCAGCAGGAACAGCAGCAGGAGCAGCAGCAGCAGCGGGAACGGUAGCAGCAGUAGCGGCGGCAGCAACAGCUUCUGACGGAGCCCUCCCCUUCGGCUCUUCCUCCUCCGGCCGCCCGUCGCUAGGGGGCCAGUUCUACCCGCCCACCGUACUCGUUAAUGUGCAACCCACUAUGCGCAUACUGCACGAGGAAGUGUUCGGCCCUCUGAUGUGUAUCGUGAAAUUUGAAAAUGACGAAGAGGUGGUGGCGGCGGCAAAUGACUGUCCGUUUGGUCUCGGGUGUUCAGUGUUUUCGGGGGAUAGGAGGCGUGCUACUGCUAUUGGGGCAGCAGUGCAGUGUGGGAUGGUGGCGAUUAACGACUUUGGCUGCACCUACAUGUGCCAGUCACUGCCAUUUGGCGGAGUGAAGGAGAGUGGUUUCGGCCGGUUUGCAGGGGUGGAGGGGCUGAGAGGGUGCUGUAACGAGAAGGCUAUUGUGGAGGACAGAUUUUACUCUCUCAUCAAGACCAACAUCCCUCCGCCUCUGCAGUACCCCCUGGCCCCCAAUGCAGUGCCAUUCCAACAGGCUCUCGUCCGCAUGUUCUUCGCCCACACCUUCCUAGCCCAGCUCUCUGGCCUCUUCCACCUGCUGCUGGAGCUCAUGCGCUCUCCCAAGAGGAGAAGCACACAGCAAGGCUCAAGCUCGACCACCCGUGGUGCUGGUGCAGCUUCUGCAGCACGACGCAAUUCAGGUGUAGCUGCAUCAGGUGGUGAGAGGCUGCAUAUUGAGUAG